AUGUCUGGAUUUCUAGAAGGCUUGAGAUGCUCAGAAUGCAUUGAUUGGGGAGAAAAACGCAAUACUAUUGCUUCCAUUGCCGCUGGUGUUCUGUUUUUUACAGGCUGGUGGAUUAUCAUAGAUGCAGCUGUCAUUUACCCCUCUAUGGAAGAGUUCAACCAUUCAUACCACGCCUGUGGUGUUAUAGCCACCAUCGCCUUCCUAAUGAUUAAUGCAGUAUCGAAUGGACAAGUCCGAGGAGAUAGUUACAGCGAAGGUUGCCUGGGUCAAACAGGUGCUCGUAUUUGGCUGUUCAUUGGUUUCAUGUUGGCCUUUGGCUCUCUGAUUGCAUCUAUGUGGAUUCUCUUUGGUGGCUAUGUUGCUAAAGAAAAAGCCGUAGUGUAUCCUGGAAUUGCUGUAUUUUUUCAAAAUGCCUUCAUCUUUUUUGGGGGACUGGUUUUUAAGUUUGGCCGCACUGAAGACUUGUGGCAGUGA